AUGGAUGACGCCGGCGCGACACGCCCCACAUGGCAGCAAACGGUGGCGACAACUCGACGGCGAGUCGUCGCUCGUCGCUGGCGGCGCGAAACGCUUCUCGCGACGCGGCUCACUCACGCGCGACCCCGCCGCCUUCUCCAUCCGUUACUCGCGCUCCCCGCCGUUUUCCUUCUCCUCCUCGCGUCGCCGCGCGCGCUCGUGCGAUCCCGCGUUGUGCUAUCCGGGGACGCCAACCUCCGCCUGCCCGCGACCGCUGCCGCGAGAGGCGCGGCGAGUGGCGCAGGCAGAGCGGACGCGGCGGCAUGGCCGUCCACCCGCGAGGGAGCCCUCCCAGGGAAACUAUUCAGUUCCGCCACCACCUUAGGCUCGGAUUCGGAUUCGGCCAUAGAAUUAGGCUCGGCGGCUUCCAGGCGGGUUGCCUCGCGCGCGCCGUGGGCGGCGGCGAUCGCGAAGUCGCUGACGCGGAGAGGGCGGGAAGACGGGGAAGGGGGGACGGGAGGGGAAGACGAAGGCGAAGGGCGGACGUCGCGCGCGGGGCGGAAGCGAGAAGCAGUUGCGGGGACGGCAGGGCCCAUCGUGCUGCCCCUGCAGCGGCAGGUGCGCCGAGCGCACUCGCGGGAGCGGAAGACGGGCGGAGGCGAGCGUUCGGGGGCAGAGGAGGCGCCGCGAGCGGGGGGAGGCGGAGAGGGAGGAACGCGGAGGCGGCAGUUGCGGGGACUGCCGCUUGAGCUGCGGGGGUCCGUUCUGGAGCUGGGGUACUACUACGUGACGCUGUACCUGGGGUGGCCGCCACAGCGGUUCGCGCUGAUAGCGGACACGGGCAGCAGCAUCACCUACGUGCCCUGCGCUGCCUGCACGCACUGCGGUAACCACCAGGAUCCGCGGUUCAACCCGGCGCUCUCAGCGUCGUACGCCACCAUCCCCUGUGCGCACCCCCGCUGCCUCACACAUGCCUGCUCGCCCACGGGGCUGUGCACGUACCACGGCGUGUACGCCGAGGCCAGCUCCACGCGCGGCCUCCUCGCCUCCGACCUCCUCUCCUUCGCCCCGCCCCCCCUCUCCCCAUCCGCGCCACACCCUGCUGCUGCACAGCCCCACGUGCCAGCAGCGGGGGUGCACGAGGCGCGCUCACCUUCCCUGCCUACACCUCCUGCCGCCGCAGCUGCGCCUCUCAACGCCUCUCGGGCGUCGUCCUCCUCUCUGCCAGCGGCAGCAGCAGGGCGGGCGGGCGAGAGAGUGCUGCUGGCGGGCACAGCGGAGGUGGGGGUGGGCAGUGGAGAGGGCGGCGUGGGAGAAGCAUGGGUGGGUGAGGGGGCGGGGGGUGAAGGGGGAGGAGGCGAGGGAGAGGGCGGGUCACGGGUGGCAGAGCAGGCUGUACCGGAUGGCCCCCGACUCGUCUUCGGAAGAGCGUCCGCACCCACCUCGCCCACACAUGCCGUGUGUGGGAGAGCUUCCACCAGUCCCCAUGCUGCCAACCCCGUGUCCCCAUGCUGCCAACCCCGUGUCCCCAUGCUGCCAACCCCGUGUCCCCAUGCUGCCAACCCCGUGUCCCCAUGCUGCCAACCCCGUGUCCCCCUGUCCCCCACGUGUGGGGUGCACACGAGGGACCCCUUUGUGCCCCUGCUUCCCCUCGCAAAUGCACCCCCGUUCCCUGCAAGUCCCCGCCGCUACCUGCAAGUCCCCGCCGCUACCUGCAAGUCCCCUCCGCGCUACCUGCAAGUCCCCUCCGCGCUACCUGCAAGUCCCCUCCGCGCUACCUGCAAGUCCCCUCCGCGCUACCUGCAAGUCCCCUCCGCGCUACCUGCAAGUCCCCUCCGCGCUACCUGCAAGUGUGAGCUGCAGGAGACGGGCGACCUGUACCUGCAGCGCGCGGACGGCAUCGUGGGGUUGGGGCGGGACGCGCUGUCGCUGCCCAACCAGCUCGUGCGCGCCGGGGUGGGUGCUGCUGCCCUCCACCAGGUGGGUGCUGCUGCCCUCCGCCAGGUGGGUGCUGCUGCUGGCCGUACGCCGUACUACAUAGUGAGUGUGGAGGAGAUGGUGGUGGGGCAGCAACGCGUGGCGGUGGCGGCAGCGGUGUGGGAGGAGGGGCCGUACGGGGGGGUGAUGCUGGACAGCGGCACCACCUUCUCCUAUCUGCCCUCCCCCGCCUUCCACGCCUUCCACGCCCUCGUCAGUGCCCUGCCCACCACAACUUCAUUCCCUGCCGCUCUCCACCUCACCCCCACUCCUGCUCUCACCCCCACUCCUGCUCUCACCCCCACUCCUGCUCUCACCCCCACUCCUGCUCUCACCCCCACUCCUGCUCUCACCCCCACUCCUGCUCUCACCCCCACUCCUGCUCUCACCCCCACUCCUACUCUCACCCCCACUCCUGCUCUCACUCCCACCACCAUUCUGACUCACUCUCUCCACACGCACACUGCCUGCCACUAUGCGACAGGGUGUGCCAAUGCUCCAUGCUCCUGCCACCACUGCCUCACACCCACCCUCCCAUCUCUCUCGCCCCGCAUGCCGCCCUUGCCCUGCUGCAUCGCUGUGCCCAUCAGCGCGGGCGGCAUGAACCGGCUGUUCCCAUCGGCCACUGUAGUGUUUGGCAACGGAGCAGCGCUGCGCCUGCUGCCGCACAACUACCUCUUCAAGCACAAGAAGCAUGAGGACGCGGUGUGUCUGGGCGUGUUUGACAACGGCAGUGGAGGGGCGCUUAUCGGAGGUGAGAGGCAGAGGGAGCUGUGUGAGAGGCAGAGGGAGCUGUGUGAGAGGCAGAGGGAGCUGU